GCUCUGUGGAGCAAGACAAGCGAGUUUCGGUGGAUCAAUCCUACAAAGAAACGACGGCAACAGCGAGAUGAAAGUCAGCAUUUUGACCCUUGUGCUCGUCCUUGGGCUGGCCUUGGGCAAAGAUCUCUGCAAAGCAAAAUUGCGGAUGAAUGUGCAGGGCACAGUUCUACAAGAGUAUGGCAUUCUUGAGACCAAGAAUGACUCAUAUCCUGCCGGCACGUUUUGGAAAGACGAUCAGGCAGAAGGGCACUGGUGGGUCUGUCCCUGCCUCUGGGCAUCGUGCAUCAGAAUUUGCGACAAAGAAUUCGCGGAAGAAGUAAUUGAAGAUUCUAGUGGAUUUAAGCCCGUCACGCACUAUCAGUGGAAAGAAAUUACUGAGACAGACACGCCACCAAUUGAGUUCUUCAAACAAAUACGCAACGCAAAAUGUGGUGGUGCUUCACACAUUUUAAAUAAAGAAGACGUCAGGAUCUUGUCGAGCGGCAAGAUGAGAUUGGAAAACAAAACGAAGCUAUAUGGUGCAGCGCAUUACUGUGUUCACCAAAUGGAAGGGAAAACCUCCAUACAUCUAGUACACUGCGUAGAAGAGGAGUUUGAGGAUGAACAGUUUCCAGUGGAGUAUCACAUUUAUUCGUUUAUUUCGCUGCUGAGCUCAAUUUUGCUGAUCUUGACCGUUGUGGCGUACACCCUCAGCCCGCAAAUUGAAUCGUUUCACAGGAAAAGCGUGAUUUUCUACGCAGCAUACCAGGCAGCAAAUUUCUCCGCCAUGACUGUCCAUAUUUAUUUUUCCGGGAAUGCACUGGUAAAAUCGCGCUGCUUUUUCAUUGGAUACAUCGGCUUAUACUCUCAUCUCGCCUCCAUGUUUUGGCUCAACUCUUUGUGCAUCGACAUUUUCUUCGCUUACAAAGGGGUUCUUCGCAAGGGAAGCAACUACUUUGCAAAGUUUGCUGCGUAUUCGACUUGCUUACCAAUCCCAAUAGUGGCCGUGGCCCUGUAUUUCAACCUGAUCAUCAAUGAGUUCUCCUUUUUCAACCCAGAAAUGGAAGAUGGAAUAUGCUGGACAGACAACUUAAAUGCCGAGUGGAUUUACAACUUUGGACCGACCUUGAUUUUGCUUUUGGCCAACCUCGGCUUGUUGUCUGCAACCUGCGCAAUAAGAGGCAAGCCUGUCCGCACCUCGGAGGAAACCGACCAGACGGUGCCGCAGGAAAAGGAACGGCGCAGAACGUAUUUAAUACUCACCCUCUUGGCGUUUCAACCGUUCAUCAAUGAAGCCAACCCGUUCUUUUAUGAUGACUCCAUGAUGGUGGCUAUCUUCGGUGCUUCGCGGGGAGUUUUAGUCUUUUUGCUCCUUGUGUGCGCUGACAAGUACGUGAGGAAGAGCUUGAGCAGCCGAUUUUGCAAAGGCCAGCGUGCUCAAGUAAUCUAAUAAACUUCUUGAGAAUUUUGGGGAAGCUUGACUCUUUUUUAACAGCUGGUUUUUCAAUAAAUAUUUACUUUUGAAUAUUUUGGACCAUCCAAAACAGUUGAAUGGCUAAAAUACUGAAUUUUCCUCUUAAGCAGUGAAUAUUUACACUGUGCAGAGAAUUAGACCCUGGAAAUUUAUUUUUCUCUUCAAAUAUAGGGGCUUACUUAGAACUCGUAAAACUGAUCAUAAUUUGAGUAAAUAAGUGAGUAAAUGUAUUUGUGAAACAUUCCGUUUAACGAUCCAAAUAAUCAAAAUUUAUCACCUCGUGACUAGAGUGACUUUUCUAUCCAAACGCUGAUUUUUAGCUCAAGUGUAUUAAUAUUUUCUUAAAAAUUAAAAAAUGAAAUAAAUAGUCCAACC